CUGUGAGAUGUUGGAAACCCCUGAAACCUGUAGAGGCUAUCAAUCUAGAGGACCAUCCCACGUCAUAGCUCCUCAAACCCCUAGAUAUACCGGACGGUAGGAGGCGAGAACCUGCAUGUCUGCACGAUAGGGACAGUCGCGACCCGGGAGGAUCAGGGUCGAUACAUCAUCCUGCCCGAGCAUCGAGAUGGGUCCAAAGCCUUUCGACAUUCCGCAGGUGUCUUUCCGGAUUGUUCCGUUCGAUGAGGACACCGUGUGGGAACGUCGCUAUAAGAAACAAGCCAACUUGAACCGGACACAGUUGGAAGGCUAUGGGUACAACUCGAGAAGUACAAAACCAUGGAGUCUACCGAAGCACUACAUGCGGUACAUCGAGCCGAUCGAAUCCGAAUUGGCCAAUCAGGUUGAGUAUGACAUGGACGAGCAAGACCGUGAAUGGGUCGACCUCGUUAAUACCGAGAGACAAAGCCAGCAGCUGGAUCGGCUGUCUUAUGAGCUGUUCGAGGUGAUAAUGGACAAGCUGGAGAAGGAAUGGUUCGACCUGGUCAAGAAGAUUCCCGCCCCUGAAGCUCUGCCGAUCGAGGACUCUAAAUGUUCCAUCUGUGAUGACGGUGAAGGGGAGAAUUCAAAUGCCAUCGUUUUUUGUGAUGGUUGCAAUCUGGCGGUACAUCAGGACUGUUACGGCGUACCUUAUAUCCCUGAAGGGCAAUGGCUCUGUAGGAAAUGUACGGUUGAGCCAGAGAACCCAGUAGACUGCAUUUUCUGUCCAGCAGAAGCUGGUGCGUUCAAGCAGACGACCAACAGCAAAUGGGCACAUUUACUGUGUGCCCUUUGGGUCCCGGAAGUCUCCGUCAGCAAUCCGGUCUAUAUGGAACCUAUCGAAGGAGCAGAAACGAUUCCCAAGAGCCGAUGGAAGCUGAUGUGCAGUAUCUGCCGUGUGAAGGGAGGAGCCUGUAUUCAGUGCGAUAACAAGAACUGCUUUACGGCCUUUCACGUCACAUGCGCACGGGCUCGCGGCAAUCUGGGAAGCAUGAAAGCUCUCCUACAAGACGGGGUGCUGAAAGCCUAUUGCGACAGACACAUGCCGGCCGAUCAAAUGGAGAUAGUCCAGGCUGCUCGAGCAGAGCAAGCCAACAUUGCUAGUCAACUGGAUGAAAACCGAAACGGUCCGCCGGAAUCAGUCAAAGUCUCGAACCUACCCCUAGAGGCGUCCAGAGGCGCAAAGAUCCCAGAGUUGGUCAAGACCGCCCGGGCCCAUGCUAAGAAGUACACGCAAGGCCCGCCUCUGGUUCCAGCCAUUCUCGUAGACAGCAUCCACGGAUACAUUCAGAAAGCACGUCUGAAAAGGAUGAGGGAGUGUAUCGAGAAGAUCUGCCGGUAUUGGAGCUUGAAGAGAGAAGCCAGGCGAGGGGCUCCCCUCUUGAAGAGGUUAUACCUAGAGCCCUGGACGGCGUCGAGCGCUUCCCGAGAGCAGACCGAUGCGGAGAAGGCUAAGAAGCUCGAGUAUAUGCGUCUUGUGCGGAACGAUCUGGAACGAGUCCGUACCCUAGUGGAACUUUGUCAGAAACGCGAGAAGGAGAAGCUACUCCAAGCUAGAGCACUCCAAGAGUUUAUCGAUGAAGUCUUGUUCCCGCAUGACAGCAAGCUUCGGUUUGCCUUCGAAAAGAUUAGCAGCCUCGAUCGCCAGCAGAUCUUUGCACAUCCCGUGUCUACAAAGGAUGUCCCAGACUAUCUGGAUAUAAUCAAGCAUCCUAUGAGCUGGGAUCAGAUCGACGACAGGUUGGAUACCCAUGCGUAUGGUGAUCUCUCCGAUUUCCAACGGGAUAUAUACUUGGUCCUCGACAACGCGAUGCUCUACAAUCCCAGCGAUCAUCCGUUCCAUAGACUCGCCAGCAAGAUAAAGAAGGCCGCAGUCGGUAUGUUUGCCGACUUGGCAAAUCAACUCGCAACAGUCACUGCGGGCUCGUCCGACCAGCAGACGAACGAUUCGCGAUCAUUGGAACCCAGUCCUCAAUCUCUACAGCCGCUGCUAUUUCGUGAUUCGGGGAGUCAACGUGACUUGCUGGCUCAGCUAUUCGCUUAUGAAUUCCGUCCACUUCCGCCACCUUCACCGCUGCCGCCACUACCCAAACUCAAACGCAUCAUAACGCCGGCUGAACGUCUGGCUCAGGCAGAACGACGAAAAGCUGAGGCGGAAGCUCUUCGCGCGGCGGGAUCGUCGAGACAUACUCGAUCAGCUGGCCCAUCAGCUUCUCAGAACACCAUCCACGAGGAGAUGUUACCUAAAGAACUUCGGACUGGCUACAUAAGAUCCAAGCCCACAUCGAGACGACCGACGGUUAAGGCGUCUUCGGACAGUCAGAACGCGGCAUCGAUUGAAGGCGCCGGCAGGACGUCAGAGUCGGCUGAUGACACCACGGUCAUACCUCUGAGAAGACCCGAGACGGGCGUCUUGGGAAAGAUCGUUUAUUCGCCUAUGACAGAUCAAGAGAGACGUGCCAAGGAGAAGCAGAUGAGUCUGGUCGUCGAUCAAGUAGACAUCAAGGAGACCUUUUCCAGGUUCAAUGUCGGAUACGUUCUACCUGAAGGUAGUAAACGGGGCGGUCGCUUACCCCUUCCGCCGCUACCCAUCGCGGGACCGAGCAGGCCUCGGCACAAGGCGCCCAAAUCGUCAUUUCCGAGGAAACGGAGUCCAACACCUCCAGCCGAUGCGAGUAGCAGUGACAUUUCAGAUGCUCCAGAAGAGGACACAACAGUUGCAGUCGUCAGACAGCGUGUGACGAUAGGAACCCCGGCUCGAGGUGUUACCAAGAAGGAUCAAACCAUCGCGAUUCCAGAGAGCGCUCGCGGAGUUACAGGACCGCCCUCUUCACCUCUCUCGAAUUUGAACGAUACGGAAAGCUCGCUGACUGCAAUAAGCGCCCCUGCAUCCGAAGGAGAAGGUCCGGUUGCAAUUGAAGACGACUAUGCUAUACCUCGUAUGACGAGACGCGCUGCGGCUCAGAUAGCCCUGGCCGACGACGAAGACCAAUCGAAAGCCGUUUCUCGCCAACGCUCUCGACGCCCGAGUACGAAACGCCGUUUAAUCGAAUCUUCGAUUCAAACAAUCGUACCUGGAUCCUCAGACGGUUUGCAAAUGGCGCUUGAUGACCCCGAAAGACAGCCCAAGCCUAUAGCGCCCUUCACACGAGCGCGCAGGACAAUCCCAGAGGAUAGUCCAAAGAGACAAGCACCAGGUCCCCCGAAGCCAAAGGUCAAUCCGACACUAGCUGAUUCGGAUACGGCUUCGGACGUUGUCAUGGAGGCGGACGACGAAGCCUAUGCGCUUGAUGAGAAGACGUGCAAGGAGCCCGUCGUUGCUCAGCGUCUGCAGGCAUUCCACGGCGCUAAUUCUGCCGGGAAGACGAAUAAAGGCUGGCUGGACCCUUAUCCAGUCGGAACGAUCGGUAAGCUGGGUGGUUGCGAUAGUAACGAGCCAGCAGACUGAUAUCCUGCGGGCACCGUUUUCUCAUGAUAGUAUGGGCCAAGGUCGGGAGCUUUCCUUUCUGUCCGGCUAGAGUAUUUGAUGUAUGGGGCGAAUACUACAAGGUGCCAGAAGCCGUUUGGGCGAUCCGUCCCAUCGACAACGAAGGACCAACAUGGCUAGUCCGGUUUUACGACCAGGGGCAGACCUUCGGCUGGUGUCAGG